AUGGUGCGGAUAUUGUCCGCACUCGUGGCGUUUUGCCUAUUUCUCUGCACAGCCGCCUAUCCAUUUUUGGUUUUGCCAAGUCAAUCGAAACGUGCCUUUGACCGUCUCGACAGCAGUUUCCACGAUUUCGGCAUCAAGAAGCGAGCUUUCGACCGUUUGGACAGUAGUUAUGAUUUUGGAUUGAAUCUCCGGAAACGUGCCUUCGAUCGUCUUGACUCUGGCUACGAUUUUAUGGCAAUUAAAAAGCGAGCUUUUGACCGUUUGGAUAGCGGGGAUUUCGGUUUCGACAGAAGGAGACGAGCUUUCGAUCGUCUCGAUUCCGAUUUCGAUUUCCGCAAGAAGCGCGCUUUCGAUCGUUUAGACGAUGGAUUUGAAUUGUUUAAAAGAUCGAGAGGAAUUGAGGAUUAUGAGAUGCCCGACUCGGAUUUGGUGACCGAAUUGGAGCAAUCGAUCUCGGCGUUGCGAAGAGCACGAGAGAAUGAAGCCGCUUUCUCGUCACUUCUGCAACAACCACAAGAACAGCUAAUGGUCGUCGAACCGGAUGUU